AUGCUUUCCCUACGCUUCCCUAUUUCAUUCGAGAAUGCUCUGAUCACUCCCUUCAAACCCAGACCCUCGCGCUUCCAAACACCCAUAGUCCAAUCACUUCCACGCCGCUCAAGCUCAUUCUCUCUUCCUCGCGCAACCACAGCUGGCGUGGUUCUCAAGGAAGAGGACAGAGAGUUAUCAAAUAACCGAUUUGCCCCUCGAGGAGACUUCCCGCCAGACGGCGAGCCUUUGCCCGCCGGUCUCCAGCGAGAGCUGAUGCCGAGACACGUGGCGGUGAUCAUGGACGGUAACGUGAGGUGGGAGAGGCGGAGAGGGUUGCCGGCUGGGUCGGGUCACGAGGCUGGUGCUCGGUCGUUGAGAGAGCUAGUUGAGCUGUGCUGGAAAUGGGGGAUUAGGGUUCUUACUGUUUUUGCGUUUUCGUAUGAUAAUUGGGUUCGGCCCCAGGUGGAGGUUGAUUUUUUGAUGAAUUUGUUCGAGAAGAUGACAAGCUCAGAAAUCGACAGUUUUGCAAGGGAUGGUAUUCGAAUUUCGGUCCUUGGGGAUUUGUCAAAGCUCCCUAACUCUUUACAGAAAUUGAUAAGUGAUGCAGAGGAUAGAACGAAAGGCAACUUUAGACUCCACCUGAUUGUAGCAGUGAGCUACAGUGGAAAGUACGAUAUUGUGCAAGCAUGUAAAAGUAUUUCUCAGAAGGUGAAAGAUGGCCUUAUUCAAGUUGACGACGUCAAUGAAAGCCUCAUUGAACAAGAACUGGAAACUAACUGUACUGAGUAUCCAUACCCUGAUCUACUGAUAAGAACCAGUGGAGAGCUCAGAGUCAGCAACUUCUUGUUGUGGCAGUUGGCUUACACGGAAUUUUUCUUUGUAUCAGCUCUUUGGCCUGAUUUUGGGAAAGCUGAGUUUGUUGAGGCCUUGAUUUCCUUUCAGCAGCGGCAGAGGCGUUAUGGUGGAAGAGAUUUAUAA